CUCGAAGAAAAAAAAAAAGCAUUUUCCAUCCAGCAAAACGCAGAAGUUCCAAAACCUCCAGAGUCUGCCACAUGUAAAGCACACAACAAAUACCUAUCAACAAAACCCCUCUCUCUCUCCAAAACAAAACGACGCACACUCCCAUCCAUCCGUCCCUUCUAUAUUCCCAAAACCCUCUUUGUAUUCCCUGUCACUAAAAAAAACAAUUAACAGAAUCUCUAACACACCCAGUUAAAAUAAUACAAAGAGAAUUAUCAGAUAGAAUCAAAUGCUAAAACCCAUUUCUUGUUUUCAGAUCUCACAUUUCCUGCAAGUACUACUAAACUGAUGAUUCAAUGUCAUCUCUUCACAAGUUCAAGCUUCUAGCAACUCAAUGCGCAGUAGUUUCAGGAACCCCAACCCAGAGCCCUACUACAAGUCCCGUCAUUCACCUCCGCCGCCGGAAGACUCUCCGCAUGCUCCUCUCUCGCACUACUCCUGAUCAUCACCAUCAUCAUCAUCAACGCCGCCGCCUUCCUCGCCGUGAUGACCACCACUCUGAUCUCCAGAAAGAUCCGCCUGAGAAGAAGAGAGUUCGGAGAAAAUUGAAAGAGUUGUUCGUUUCGUCACCGCCGUUUGAAGAUAAAGAGAAUGAGAAUCAAGAUGAUGCCGAUGAGGAUGUGGAUUUGUUACCGGUUACAGAUUCGGGAGGUGGAAAUUCUGGCGGGGGUUCUGGUGGCGGUGGUGGAGGUGGAGGAGGAUUUACUGCUCGGCGCGGCGGAGGAGGUCUGAGACCGUUAUCUGGUACGCUUAGGUAUAGAUUAUUGAGAAGAGCGUGGCGGCCGGUGCUGGUAACAAUCCCUGAGUAGUGCCAAAACAAUAAAUUAAUUAAUUUCAUUUUUGUUAAUUUAAGAAUUUCUAAUUUUUAUCUUUUAUGUUAAUACAUCUUUGCCUGAUUUAAUUUUGUAAAAAAGAAAAACUCGAUAAAUCGGAAGUGGAAAUUUUGGAGGUGCUAA